AUGAACACCCUGUACGAUGCCGACCACCUCAAAAUCGCUCUUGGCCAGAUCUCGACCUGCAAGUCGCUCAUCGAGAGUGUUGGUCGUGACUACGUCCGUCUUCUGAAGUACGGCCAGUCUCUGUACCAGUGCAAGCAGCUGAAACGCGCUGCGCUUGGUCGCAUGGCCACACUCAUCAAGAGGCUUAAAGACACCUUCCUGUACCUCGAGCAGGUCCGCCAGCAUCUCGGUCGUCUGCCCUCCAUCGACCCCAACACUAGGACGCUCGUCAUUUGCGGCUUCCCUAAUGUUGGAAAGAGUUCCUUCUUGAAGUCCGUGUCUCGCGCCGAUGUCGAUGUUCAGCCGUACGCCUUCACGACCAAGUCCCUCUUCUGUGGUCACUUUGACUACAAGUACCUUCGUUUCCAGUGCAUUGAUACCCCCGGAAUCUUGGACCACCCUCUUGAGGAGAUGUACGUCUGCCGCAAACCACACUUGGGGAAACUCAAACUCAUUUUUUGCAGGUCCACGAUCGAGAUGCAGUCCAUCACAGCCCUUGCUCAUUUGCGCUCAGCGGUCAUGUAUUUCAUGGAUCUCAGUGAGCAGUGCGGCUACUCCGUCGAAGCCCAGAUCAACCUCUUCGCCUCGAUCAAGCCCCUCUUCUCCAAUAAGCUCGUCUUCCUCGUCAUCAACAAGAUCGACAUCACCAAGGUCGAGGACCUCGAUGCCGAGACGCAGGAGAAGCUUCAGGGCCUGCUCAAGUCGGGCGAGGUCGAGAUGCUGCAGCUGUCUUGCAACACUCAGGAGGGCGUUCAGGACGUCAAGAACGCCGUCUGCGAGCGCCUCAUUGCUGAGCGUGUCUCGCAGAAGCUGAACGCCGGCACCACCAGCAGCGGCGCCAUCGGCGGCCGCCUGGCUGACGUCAUGUCGCGCAUCCACGUCGCGACCCCGAUGGGCGGCCAGACGCUCCAGACUUUCAUCCCCGAGGGCGUCAAGAACCUCAAGAAGUACGACAAGACCGACCCCGAGCGCAGGAGGCUUGCGCGGGAUGUCGAGGAGGAGCAGGGCGGUGCUGGCGUGUUCAACGUCGACCUCCGCGCCGACUACAUCCUCGCAAACCCCGAGUGGAAGUACGACAAGAUCCCCGAGAUCUUCGACGGCAAGAACGUCGCCGACUUUAUCGAUCCCGAUAUCGAGGCCAAGCUCGCCGCCCUCGAGGAGGAGGAGGAGAAGCUCGAGGCCGAGGGCUACUACGACUCGGACGAGGAGAUCGACGACGAGGAGGAGGCCACCGUGCUCGCCCAGGCGGAGCUGAUCCGCGAGAAGCAGGGACAGAUCCGCAACGAGGCGCGCAUGAAGAAGCGUCUCAAGAACCAGGCCAUCAUCCCCCGCAAGAAGGUUCCCAUCCCCCUGUCCAAGAUGGACGACGCGCUCGACCAGCUCGGUGUCGACACGACCGACAUUGUGUCGCGCGCGCGCUCCCAGUCUCGGCCCCGCGGCCGCUCCCUCGGACGCAGCCGUGCCGGCACCGAAGACGCCGACGCCAUGGACCUCGAUGCCACGCCGCGCGAGCGCCUCCGGUCGCAGAGCCGCGCCCGGUCCCGCAGCCAGGCUGCUGUCAACCGUCGCGAGGACGGUGUGGAGGAUGAGGGCAGUCGCACCAAGGCUGAGCGCAUGGCCAAGCUGGGCCAGAAGAAGAUGAACCGCAUGGCCAGGCAGGGUGAGGCCGAUCGUCACACUACGGCUUCGCUGCAGAGGCAUCUGCUCGCCGGCAAGCGUGGCAUGGGCUCCACGAGGAGUCGUUAA